AUGUCUGCUAGGCGCAUGCCUCUUCCAAUUGACCCUGAAGCGUACCUCCGACAACCGGAGAACAGAAUUUCAAUCAAACCUCCUUUCGUUGUCUCCCCCGAGCUUUCACGACUACUCAAGAGACCAGGACUGCUAAAAGGCAAAGACGGAGAGCGGGUGCGAGAGAUUUACCAAGAGGGAGCGUUCUUCUUCUCACCCGUGAGGGAUCUCUCCAUCUUUGGUACAUACUGCGCCUUUGGACUUUUUGAUGCCGCUGUCAAGGAAUAUCAUGCUACCAAACCCGACCUGACCGCGACGGAGACGGCAUAUCAAUGGGGAUACGUUUCCAUCACCGCUUCUCGAUCUUGGUACAUGACCAACGCACAACCUUUAUCUGUCCUUUCUGCGCACGCAAAAGUUCUCGAAUUUCUUGUUUCCCAGGGAGCACCCAUCGAUCUUCCAGACAUCGCCGGCCUUACAGCACUUCAUCAUGUCGCGAUGAACAACUACAGAGGCGAGGUGCUAAAGUUCCUCUUGGAGAAUGGCGCCAAUCCCAACGCACGGGACCGGUACGGAUGCAGCCCAAUCUUCGACGCCAUGAAACACGGUCAAGCAGAGGCAUUCGACAUGUGUCUUCAGUAUGGAGCAGAUCUCGAUCUCAGAGAAAAUGAUGGCUACACGGCUCGCCGCCUUGCCAAGAUGGCCGGUCCAACUAUCGAUGCGGUGGUUCAGCGUCACUUGAGGAAGAAGGAAGGGAAACCGGCACACUUGGAGGACAAGAAUCGUUGCACGCAUUGCGGUAGUGAUGGUUGCAGGAACCAGUGCUCCCGGUGCAAGACGGCUCGCUAUUGCAACUCUGACUGUCAAGCCAAGCAUUGGAAGGCAGGUCACAAGCAUACAUGCAUUCCAUUCGACGACUCUGCGACUUCGCUCGUCUUCACACCCACAUACGAUACAAUUGAAGAACUGAAGAAUGCAGUCAGCUAUGCAAACCAUAAUGCACUCCUCCGCAACUAUCUCGGUCACGACCAAGACGGCGAGAGCAAGAGAAAGGCCAAAAUUACGACAAAGGAGAAGGCCCUCGGGCCAAAGUACAAGACCAAAGAUGGCAUCUACAACUAUCCACCACCUUCACUCUUAGGGAGGCCAAUCAUUAUCAAGGUUCAGGUACCAGCGAGGGUAUCAUUAGGACACAACUGGCCACAGGAAAUGCUGGUAUACAACAAGACUCGAGAUCUCUUUUGUCGCAUCAUCGACGUCGACCAACCACAGGCGUAUGCUAAACUCGAUGCAGUGAUUCGUCAAAAAGGUGCGGCUGGUGGUCUCAAGGGAUAUUUUAUAGCCGAAAUGGAGUCCAAUACCGCACUGAAAAUCAAAGUGGGUGAUAUUCUUGGAGAGCAACCUUGGUAG